AUGGUUUCCGUCAACAGAUCGGAUGUUCUUCACAACAACCAUGCCUGGAUUGGCAGUGCGGGGGCUGCCAGCCAUGAUCUCCGAAGCGACACCAUGACAACCCCCACGGCCUCAAUGCUAGCCGCUGUCCAAAACUGUUCUCUUUUAGACGAUGUCUGGAUGGAAGACACGACGACGGUGGAUCUGGAAAGCCAUUGUGCCACCCUAACUGGGAAAGAGGCUGGUCUUUUUGUCCUGUCGGGGACGAUGGGAAACCAGCUAGGGCUGAGGACACUCUUGACACAACCCCCUCAUGGGGUUUUGUGUGACCAUCGCUCCCAUAUUGUGAAAUAUGAGGCUGGAGGGGUCUCAUUCUUAACGGGCGCCUUGGUAAAGGCAGUGGUUCCAAAAAACGGAGUGUAUCUUACUCUGGAAGAUGUCAAGUCGAACGCAUACCUCGACGACGACGUCCACACAUGCCCCACGCGCGUCAUCAGUCUAGAGAACACGCUCAACGGCAUGAUCAUGCCGCUGGAAGAAGUCCGCCGAAUCUCUGCCUUUGCUCGUGAACACGGCAUCAAGAUGCACUGCGACGGUGCGCGGCUCUGGGAAGUCUCGGCCUCCGGGGCCGGCAGCCUGGUCGACUUUGCCGCCUGCUUUGACACAGUGACUCUCUGCUUUUCCAAAGGCCUUGGCGCCCCUAUCGGGAGCAUCCUAGUGGGCAGUAAGGAGGCGAUCAAGCACGCGCGCUGGGUGAGAAAGUCCAUCGGCGGUGGGUUACGGCAGCCAGGAGUCAUAACGGCUGCUGCCCGUGUGGCAGUCGAUGAGACAUUCGGAAAGGGGCCGAACGGCGAGGGCGGCCUACUACGCAACACGCACACGCUCGCACAAGAGGUGGCCAAGAUGUGGACAGACCUCGGCGGCAAGCUCAUAUGCCCAGUGCAUACGAAUAUGAUCUGGGUCGACUUGGACGAUGCCCAGUGCCCGCCAGCUAUAUUUGAGGAGCUCGGGAAAAACGUCGGUCUUAAACUUUUUGGCAACAGGUUGGUCUUGCACUAUCAGAUCUACGAGAACCGCGAUAGCGUCGUACCCAAGCUUGCCGAGGUUUUUAGAGCCGUGUUCGAAAACAAAGGUAGGGGCGACGGUACAGUUCCCGAAAAGGGUGAUGGAGAGGGGUCCAUGUAUCGGUCCCAGAAAUGA